AUGGUAUUUUUACUGACAUCUGAGAUUAAAGGCUAUGUACAAAGCCGCAAGUUCAAGAACUAUAUUCCAGACUGGAUUGCUGCUUGCAUUUUAUUUGCAUAUUUCUUCCUUAUAGCUGAACAUGCACAACCAUUCAAUCGCCAGUUUUCACCAUCUGAUUUGAGCAUACAACACCCCUACGCAGUCGAGGAGCGAGUCUCAGGCAUGCAAUGUAUAGCUUUGGCUACACUUGUGCCGUCAUUUGUCAUUACAGCUGUCACUGUUUCAAAAGUGUACUUACGUUCGAAAUCAAAGGAGGAUGCAUUACAUACAUUGCAAGUGGCUAUUUUGGGGUUGGCAAUUGCAAUUAGUGUAACGGGAACUGUCACAGAUAUCUUAAAGAACUGGAUAGCGCAACCCAGGCCUGACUUUUUGGCUAGAUGCGGGAUAAAGCCUGAAUUGAACAGCGACAAGCUCUUGGAUAUUUCGUCGUGUUCUGCGCCGUUGGGCGCAAAUGUCUUGCUUGAUGGAUUGAGAUCGACCCCAUCCGGUCAUUCUUCCAUAAGCUUUGUUGCGUUUGCGUACUUGACGCUAUGGAUCCUUGCACAGUACAGGUUAAUAUCCAAUUGCCCCAAAAGUGUCUAUAAAUACAUCCUUGCCGCACUUCCGCUAUUAUUGGCUACAUACAUAGCAUUGAGCAGAACCCAGGACUAUAGGCACCACUUCUUUGAUAUUAUAUUUGGGUCAUUGAUUGGCUGCAUUUUUGCUUGGCUUGUCUUCCGUCUUUAUUGGGAGAAUUUGACUAGUGAGGAGUGCGAAAUGCCGCGCAGUAGAUUGGAACAGGCUGAGAACGAUACUAUCUUACCGUUAUAG